UUCUCCUCCUCUUCCUCGCCCCCCUCCUCCUCCUCCCCCUUCCCCUCGGCCCGCUGCCUCAGAAGCCUCGUACUCCGCGAGCUGCCCCCCUGCUCCUCCUCCGGGGGCGCGGGCGCGCGCCGCUCGGCGAGAGACCCCUCCGCCCAUGGUGGAGCCCCUGCCGCUCCUGGCCCGAGGCCAGGGGCGCGCAGCCCGCCGCCCCCGCCGACCGGCGCUCGCCGUGGCGGCGGCGGCCGCCGUGGCCGCCGUGGCGCUGGUGCGCGGCCCGACGCCCGCGUGGGUGCACGGCGGCCGCGCCUCCGCCGCCGCCACCAGGCAGGGCUGCGGGGCCGCGCCAGGCCGCUGCGCGCCGCUGCGUGCCCAGCGGGCGGGGCGGCCGGGCGUCGGGCAGCCGCGCCCGCGGGACCGAGCCAGCCGCGGCGAGGACGAAACGCGCCCGCACCAAGCGGCCUCGGCGAAAGGACCCUGGCCUGGUGACCUCGUGGACGACCUCGACGUCCUCAUCGACGAGGAGGCGGAGGCAGAGGAGGGAGCGAGACCCACCGGGGAGACCGCGAACACGCUGAGGGGCAUCGCCACCAGGUACAAGGUGCUCGUCAAGAAGGGCGAGUUCGGGGAGGCGUACGGCCACCUCAUGUGGGGCAUCGGCGAACGCCAGAGGCUGGAGGGCGGCGAGGGGGUGCAGCGCCUCCUGCAGGCGGUCGAGCUGGAAUUCCUCUCGACCGUGUUCUUGGUGAUAUUCCUCUUGUCGAUCACUGGGUUUUUCAUCCUCACGAGGGAACAACCACCGCCCGAGGCCGUCGCCCAGGCCUCUGCGGCUGCUGGGGCCGUCUCGCAGGCCGCCGCGCCCGCCGAGGCCGUCUCCCAGGCCGCGGCGGCCGCGGGGGCCGGCAACUAGGAGCGCCCACGAUAGUUUAGCAGGGGGAGCUACCCCACUGACGAGGACGAGGAGGAGGCAAGUCGGCCUCUGGAGGGGACGCCUUUUUGAAGUGCCGCCGCGGCAGUUCCGUGGGCCGGCGCGCCGCGCGGGCUGGUCCCGCCGCAGAAUCGGACCGAGAUGUGAGCGUUCCCCGCUGGCCAGACAAAG